AUCUACAAAGGAGCAAAUAAGCCGCCCGAAAAAGCAUGGGUCAAGAUGCACAGCAAAUCUUUCUCGACCCGGCCAUUCGAGAUUGGGUCCUCAUACCAAUCAUGUUGGUCAUGGUUCUUGUUGGGGUACUAAGACAUCAUGCAACACAACUGCUGAAUUCAACGCCAAAGGGAAAUUUGAAGGGGAUGAGAGAGAGUGCGGCACUCUUGCGCGCCCGAACACUUCGCAGCCCAGCGGGUUUCAUUCUCCCCUUUCCCGCCUUUGCUUGCCGAAGAACAUACCUUGCAUCUGCCUUUGAAGCUGGGUCGUACCUCAAGAACCCGCAGGCGGCGAAUUCGGGUCCUGCGAACCCUAUGACGGAUCCAGCGGGUAUGGAAGCCAUGAUGGAUAUGAUGAAGAAGAAUAUGGCCAUGAUUGUUCCGCAGACUCUUAUUAUGAGUUGGAUUACCUUUUUCUUUUCUGGUUUUGUUUUGAUCAAGCUUCCGUUCCCCCUUACGCUUCGGUUCAAGGCGAUGCUGCAACGCGGCAUUGAGACGGCAGACAUGGACGUGACAUGGGUGUCCAGUUUAUCGUGGUACUUUCUAAACUUGUUUGGAUUACGUAGCAUAUUUACGUUGAUUCUCGGGGAAGACAAUGCCGCGGGCGGCCUGCAAGAUAUGAACCAAAUGCAAAUGAUGGGUAUGCCUGGGAUGGGUGCGCAACAACCUAUGCAGCAGCCCGGCGAAGUGGCCAACAUGUUCAAGAGCGAGAAGGAGUUUCUGGAACUGGCUCAGCACGAGUGGGCGCUUAUGGGUGUAGAGGCGAGGGUUUUGGAAUUGUAUGGCGUCAAGGUGGAUGCGACUGAAGGAGAGGAAAAGAAGAAUGUGUGAUAUUUCGGUUUGUAGGCCUGCAUAUUUAAUGUUUUAUUUGGCAAAAUAAAUGCGUCAAUACAGUUUGCCAAGUUGCGGUUUUUUGCAAGUCAAGGUCAAAAGAUUUAUAUUAUUAGCACGAUCGAAAAAAAAAAAAAAAGUUGAUCAACUAAACCCAAAAAGACGUGCGAAGAAUGUCUAGUUGAAAAACCAAUUCCAAAAAGGAACUAUAUACAGGAAAAAAAAAAACCAACACCACGACCUAUGAAUUCUCUUUCACCGGUUUUUUUUUUAACCUUGAUACUCAAGGUCUUACAAACUCAUCUGUCCCAACAACCGGUUACAAACUUUUUUGUAACUCCACACACCGCCAUGAAGUCUUUUGAAAUGCAACCCCGACAGAUUCAUCCUUGGAAGUUUAUAAAUGGACGUUCAUCUUCUUCUUUUUCUCUUUCUUGUGCCGUUAGGUUCGAUGUGUCUAGUUCGCAGAGGAGGGUAAUGGGUGUCUCGGGAUUGGAUUCUUCAGGGGGUGCUUCGACACUAUAAGCUAUCCGUGCGUCUUCAAGAACUUUUUGAACCUGAUCGAGGAUUUCCAAUGGCUUUUUCGAUGAUGUUGUUGAGACGUUAAAGAACCACCCCGAUACAGCCCGCAAGUCUGUUCGAAAGCGGGUGGUGCUUGACACGGCUGAUGAGGCCGCUGCCGAUCCUCUACGGGUUGAAGCAGAA